AUGCAGGAUGUCUCCCCGUGUCCUCAUGCAGCCCUGCAGCAGUGCUCCAUGCACGACACCCCCUGCAUCCUGCGGCCAUUCCCAUCCGACGGCAGUGGGAUGCCUCCGCACAGAGGCACAGCUGCUGUGAGCAGCUCGGUGCCCGCAUGUGUGAUGUGAUGGCUGUGCCUGUCCCCACAGGUGCAGAUGGCGACGAUGUCGAUGCAGCUGGGCGGGCUGGUGCUGGCCGUGCUGGGCUGGCUGGGCUCCAUCCUCACCUGCGCGCUGCCCAUGUGGAAGGUGACGGCCUUCAUCGGUUACAACAUCGUGGUGGCCCAGGUCUUCUGGGAAGGGCUGUGGAUGAACUGCGUCUAUGAGAGCACGGGGCAGAUGCAGUGCAAGGCGUACGACUCCCUGCUGGACCUCACCUCUGACCUGCAAGCCGCCCGCGCGCUGGUGGUCACCUCCAUCAUCGUGGCCUUCCUCGGCCUCCUCACCGCCAUCUCGGGGGCCGACUGCACGCGCUGCAUGGAGGACAAGAGCUCCAAGGGCCGCGUUUCCAUCGUGGCGGGGGCCAUCUUCGUGCUGGCCGGCAUCGUGCUGCUCAUCCCCGUCUCCUGGUCUGCCAACAGCAUCGUCACCAACUUCUACAACCCCAUGGUGCCCGAGGCCCUCAAGAGAGAGCUGGGGGCUGCCCUGUACAUCGGGUGGGCCUCCAGUGCCCUGCAGCUGCUGGGUGGGGCUAUCCUGUGCUGCUCGGGGCCACCUGUGGAGCGGGACCACUACCCCAAGUCAUACCGUGCGGUGAAGGGCUGUGGCCCCAUGGGCUACCCCAUGAAGGACUAUGUGUGAGCUGCCCCAGCUGGGCACCGGCCCUUGGGCACAGCACCACGGUCCCCACCCCCCCCACAUCCCACAUCCCCUGCCUGCACACUGUGUCCCCACGCCAGCUGUGUCCCCCCCACCCUUUGCCCUUCCCGCAGGCUGGUGACAGCAUGUGGCCUCAUCCCGCUGCCCUCCUGGGGCACUGCUGCUGCUCCCAGCUCUAUAAAGGUCUUGGUGCCACUAAGGCUGCCUGGGCUUGUUUUGAAGCUGUGUUGUGACACUUCCUAUGUCUCUCACACUCCCAUGGGCAGCUCAAGGGCUUGCUGUGCCAUCACCCACCAUGUCCCUGUGCCACCUCACCACCCCACAGGAUGGCCCUUCACACAGGAACCACACACCUCAAUCAUGCAGUGCACAUAGGGUUUAUUCAUUAGCCAAGCACGGGACAGGGACAGCCACAACCCCCAGCCACUCAGCGUGGGGGCAGUGCUGGGGACAAAGGGACAG